AUGGCCGACAAGCGAACUCGCUGCUUCUUCGACAUCGACGUUGGCGGCGUGAAGGCUGGCCGUAUCGCCUUCGAGCUCUACAACGACAUCGUUCCCAAGACUGCCGAGAACUUCCGCGCGCUAUGCACCGGCGAGAAGGGUGUCGGCAAGGCUGGCAAGCCUCUGCAUUACAAGGGAUCGGGCUUCCACCGCGUCAUCAAGGGCUUCAUGAUUCAGGGCGGAGAUUUCACAGAAGGCAACGGCACCGGUGGUGAGAGCAUCUACGGCGAGAAGUUCGAGGAUGAGAACUUCGAGAAGAUCCACGACAAGCCUUUCCUGCUGAGCAUGGCCAAUGCUGGCCCUGGGACCAACGGCUCGCAGUUCUUCGUCACCACCGUCCCCACACCGCACCUCGACAAAAAGCACGUCGUCUACGGCGAGGUUAUCAACGGCAAGAGCAUCGUGCGCCAGAUCGAGAACUUGAAGACCCAGAGCGGCGACAAGCCGUGGCACGACGCUACCAUCAUUGACUGCGGGGAGCUUACAGGCGAUGAGUAUGAGAAGGCCACCGAGAAGACUCCCGACGUCACCGGCGACCCGUACGAGGAUUUCCCUGAGGACCAGUUGCCGGGCGACGAAGAGUGGCAGAGCGCGCAGAUUUUGAAGAUCGCGACCGAGCUGAAAGAUAUGGGCAACGCCGCGUUCAAGAAGCAGGACCUCAGCCUCGGCAUCAAGAAGUACAACAAGUCGCUCCGCUACCUGCACGAGAUCCCUGCGCCAGAGGACAAUGAUCCCCCGGAGCUGUGGAAGAGCCUCCAGGCGCUCAAGGUCACCGUCUACUCUAACCUCGCCCUGCUCCAGAACAAGACGGACCAAUACAACGAGGCCGCUGAGAGCGCGACCAAAGCGCUUGAGAUCGAGGGUAUUACAGAGAAGGAUCUUGCCAAGGCUUACUUCAGAAGGGCGACUGCGAAGGUUGGCAAGAAGAACGAGGAGGAUGCGCUGGCGGAUCUGAACGAGGCGAUCAAGUACGCGCCAGGCGAUGCGGCUAUCGUGAAGGAGUUGGACCUGGUCAAGAAGAAGGUGCAAGCAAGGAAAGAGAAGGAAAAGAAGGCCUACGCGAACGCGUUCAACUUCUAG